AAACAACGUCGCAAGGAAGGGGUUUGUUUUGAUUUCUUUUUUAAUUGCAAAUAAUUGUGUCGAGGUGAAAUUCGAGCAAUAACUUAAGGUUUUUGGUUAGGUUUUUCAUACUCCUUAGAAGUUGUUUGUGUUUUUCCAAAGAGAAGCUAUUUUAAGAAUGCCAGAUAUUUCCCUGCCAAAACAGAAAUAUGGCAACGUCCCCUUAUAAAUGAUUCUUGGGGGUGCUUAUUAGUACAUCCAGCUUUUUCGGAUCAAUAGAGGUCGAUUGCAUCGUGUGAGCCAAAAAAAGAGAAGUUUAGCAUUGGAAUAUGCCAGCGGGUCAUUUUGUUAUUGGUUCUAAGUAACGAACAUACAGUUGGAGCAUGUGCAAUAACGUCCACGUGUUUGAUGCAUGUGGUUUGAUGGUUUGAAGGUGAAUAGAGAUCAGCGGAACACGUCCUUUCAGAUUAAUACAACCCAAGGUUGCGCAUUUUAGAUACAGUUUCAGGCAUAUAAAUAACACAGAAAAAUGGAUGUAAAUUUGUUAGAGUUCAACUAUGAAGAGGCGAGCAUCAUAUUAAACCAGUUAAUAGAUACAUUAUCUGAUGAGGGAAAACAGGAGUUGUUGAAUAUGAAGGUGACUAUUGAUGACAUUGAUGUUCUGCCCUUUGAGGACGAUGAGGAAGAUGAGCGAGAAACUAUGGAUCUUAGGACCAUCGCGAAUCAAUUACUCACAGAGCCUAACCCAAUGGCAACACUAGCGGAAACUUCUAUUCGAUAUUUAAGACAUCCAGACACAUACAUUUGGCUAAGACCACCCGCUGAUGCAAACAAACCACCAUCCCCCGACCCAUUUGGCCUACCGACCCCACCACCCCCACCGUUAUUCAGCUCGAAAGCCUCCCAAAACUCGGCUAGAGCACGUGCAGCAGCCAUCCAGAAAAAGCAAGCGAGGGUCCGAAAAAUCGCAUUAUUGGCUCUGGAAUUCGCGGAUGUCACCGAUGGAAUUAAACCUAUUAAGGACCGAAAUCAGAACAAGGAGCCCUUUGAGCCUCCUGAAGAACCGGUUUUUCAUCCCCGUUUACAUGAGGGAUGCAAAGAAUAUAAGGGAUCGGUUGAUAAAUUUCGUGGGACUCCCACCUCCUAAGAAACGAUCCAAGGGUCAAACAUGCCAUCAUAUACACUUGAAGACUGCAGACUAUUCUUGGAAUAGUUAGUGAUUCAUGUUGAUCUCAUUUUUGUUACUUAGUUAGCGUUUCUGUUCCACUACUUAUGUUGGCGUUACUUAUUCCUGUAAGUUAGUUUUAUGUUAAUUUUUAUAGGGAGUUGUGGCUCAUCACUGGCUGUCUUUGAAUGUGAUAUUUGAAUAAUAUGCUUAACUUCUCAAGUUUUAAGCAGGGUAUUAUAAAUGCUGCAAUUCCAUUUUUAUUACUAGGUAUAGAAUAGUUGUAUGUAGAUUUCCCUUGCGUUCUUCAGACCAUAGUGUAGUCUCUUUUGCUCUUCAGCUCUUUUAAAAUACUCGUUUCAUGUUAAAAUUAUUAUCAUAAAUUAAUAAUAUUAAAAAACACUUCUGAGGGCCUUAUAAUUAAUAAAAAAUUGGCCCAAAGAAUGUUUUUAUAUUAUUAUUUUAGUAAUUUGUUCGUAUUCAAAUGUUACCUGUUUUUAUAUAAUCAGAUAUUUUAAU